UCUCGCCAUUGUGUUUCAAGCGAACAGAUUUUCAGACGGGACCUAGUGGAAGUCGGAGUGCUGGUCGUUUCGGUAACCGGACCGUUAAACCAGCUGUUUUUUUUUAGCCCCCCCGUGAAUACCGUCCCGUUAAAGCAGCAGACAUGCCCAAAAAGAAAACCGGUGCAAGGAAAAAGGCUGAGAGCCGAAAGGAGAGAGAGAAACAGAGUCGAGCCAACCGGGAACAUGUGGAAGUGGCCAAACACCCCUGCAACUUUAACAUGGAUUGUGACAAAUGUCAGAGGAAACAGAAGAACAGAGCUUUCUGCUACUUCUGUAACGCAGUGCAGAAGCUGCCUGUCUGCGCUCAGUGUGGCAAAACCAAGUGCAUGAAGUCCUCAGACUGUGUGAUCAAACAUCCUGGGAUCCACACCACUGGAAUGGCCAUGGUGGGGGCAGUAUGUGACUUCUGUGAAGCUUGGGUGUGCCACGGCAGGAAAUGUCUGAGCACACAUGCCUGUGUGUGCCCUCUGACUGAUGCAGACUGCAUUGAGUGUGAACGCAGUGUGUGGGAUCAUGGAGGGCGAAUCUUCCGCUGUUCGUUUUGUCAAAACUUCUUGUGUGAGGAUGAUCAAUUUGAACACCAGGCAAGCUGCCAAAUCCUUCAGGCAGAAACAUUCAAAUGUGUUUCCUGUAAUAGACUGGGACAACACUCCUGCCUGCGCUGUAAGGCCUGUUACUGUGAUGACCACGCCAAAAGUAAAGUCUUCAAACAGGAGAAAGGAAAAGCUCCACCCUGCCCUAAGUGCGGCCACGAGACACAGGAGACCAAAGACCUCAGCAUGUCCACUCGCACGUUGAAAUUCGGCCGCCAGGCUGGUGCCGAUGAUGACGACGAUUAUUACGACGGAGCGUCAGGGUACGAUUCGUACUGGAAGAACUUGGCAUCUGGAGGCCAACGCGACGAGUACGGAGAGGAUGAUGAUGAUGAGGAGGAUGACGAAGAGGAUGAUGACGAAGAGGACGAGGAGGAAGAUGACGAAGAGGAGGAGGAAGAAGAAGGCGAAGAGGAAAAGGUUGCUGACUCAGUCGCUGGUCUUAAACUGGACGGGACUGCCUAAGCUAAGACAGAGACUGGAGAAGCCUGUAGAGGCACAGUCACAUAGAUCCAAACGAUCCUCAGCGGAUGUUCAGUUGUUACAAGUCAGGGACACACCGAAGAAGAAUUCAAGAAAAUAACUAGAACUGGAUAUCCGUACAAGAUACCCAGUCCUAGAGACGACUUGUUUUCUGCUUCUGGUGUUGCAUUCAGAGCUGGAUUGAUUCACCAGGAGGCCUCCAGGACCAGAAUUAGCUGAUCAACCACCAGGAACUUUUUAAAUUUUAUUUAGGAAGAGGUUGCAAAGUAUUUUUUCUCAGUGUAAAUUUGCACUUCAAAGUUGUCUUUGAAUAACUUUCUGAUUGUUCCUCAACACAGAAAAAAAAUGUAACAGCACUCUAUAAGUUUAUGUUAUGAUCAUAUUGUGGGUUGCUCUAAAUACUACAAUAGCCAUGGGUCUCUGCUUAGGCCAGUCGAAGAGUGUCAGCUUGCAGAACAAAAAUAGUAUAGUUGCCAAAUUUAUCCAAACCCUUUCAAGGACUUCAGCAAUUAGAUGAUUCAUCCAGAAAUGCACCUUGGGACUCUCAGUUAAUGUUUACAGGCUUGUUCCUGAUGCUGUUUAUGCAGAAAAUGAAGGGGACUUUUACGUCUGGCUGCCUGAAAUAACCCCUCAUGAGUUGAAUUCUUAUUGUACUUCAGUAGUUUAUAUUCCCAAACAAAUAAUGAGUUUAUGACCACAAAGCAACUGGCCUGUAAUGAAUGUGGGGCCUCCUGUAGCUUCUGAAUCAGUCACCCAGGAUGUGUGGUCCGUAAUCCAGCUCUGAUUACAUCCUGAAGUCAUGAUGUCUUUACGGUGUAAUUGUUAGUGUAACUGCAGCUUGUUGUGGUAAUUCAUUGGGAUGUUGACAGAGGUCGUCUAAACAACUUGACAUAUUGGCCCUGAUCCUGGUAAUCAACUGCAUUUGUUGAGACAUGUUCUGUCAAUUGCCAAUAAAUAAUAAAAAUUCAAUUUAACAUAA